CCUUCCUUCCUUCAUUCCCUCGUUUAUAAACCCCCCACCCCCGAAUCUCUCUCUCUCCCAAAUCCCUCAUCCCUCCCACCAUCUCAAACCCUCUCCCAAACUCUCUCUCUCUCUCUCUCUCUCUCUAACUCUAGAAGAGACGCAAGACCCACCUCGUCUUCCUUCCUUCUUCUCGUUCUUGUUCUUGAAUUCCUCUCUGUUUUGACGCUUGCGAUCCAAGGAAAACGAGGGCCGAAGAAUGCGGAUGAGCUGUAACGGAUGCCGGGUGCUCCGCAAGGGCUGCAGCGACAACUGCAGCAUCCGCCCCUGCCUCCAGUGGAUCAAGAGCCCCGAGUCCCAAGCCCACGCCACCGUCUUCCUCGCCAAGUUCUACGGCCGCGCCGGCCUCCUCAACCUCCUCAACGCCGGCCCCGACCACCUCCGCCCUGCGAUCUUUAGGUCCUUGCUCUACGAAGCUUGCGGUCGGAUCGUGAACCCGAUAUACGGCUCCGUCGGCCUACUCUGGUCCGGGAGCUGGCAGCUCUGCCAGGCCGCCGUGGAGGCCGUCCUCAAGGGCCUGCCCAUCACCCCGAUCGCCUCCGAGGCGGCGGCCAACAGCCACGCCCCGCCCUCCAAGGUCUACGACAUCCGCCACGUCUCCAAGGAGGAGACCGCCGCCGCCGCCGCCGCCUCCGCCUCCGCCGCCGCCGAUCUCCGCCGCGUCCGGGCUCGCUGCCGGUUCAAGCGAUCCGGGGCCAAGGCCAGGUCGUCGUCGUCGUCGGCGGGGGAUGCGGCGGCUUCGGGCAUGGAGUCGGCGCCGGCUCAUGACGAGCCGGCGGCGAAGUGCUCCGACGACGAGCCCAACCGGUCGACUAGCCACGAGUCGUCGCUGAGCCACCAGUCCGAGGUGGUCGCGGCGGCGGCCAACGCGGAGGGCGACAGCAAGGAGACGCUCAGCGCGGUGUCCGAUGACACGACGGCCGGGCCGCCGCUGCUGUUCCGAGCCGCCGAGCCGGAGCCGGACGACCGCCGGCUGGGCGGCGGGGGCGAGGAGAUCGGGCUGGAGCUGACCCUGGGGUUCGAGCCGGUGGCACGUGCCAACCACGUGGUCCCGGUGAAGAAGCGCAGGUUCGAGGAUCGCGGGUCGGGUUGCAAGAUGGACUUGGGCCUGGAGUGCUCGGCCCAUUUACGCGGAAGCCCAAAAUCGACCCUUUGAAUGCAUGCAAACAGCGGCGUGUAGUUUUGACUCUGGGCGGCUCUGUUAAUUUAGCCGAGUUUCCUUUUUUUUUUUAUAUAUA